AAAUGUUCAACGCAUUUACCAAUUCUAGGGUUCAUAAAAAAUCUGGCAAAUCCGCCCACUGAGUGACACCCAACUCCGUCAGAGCCUAUAUAUUGAUUGCAUCACUCUCCGUUUUCCCUCCUUCGAUCGAUACCUUACUUCCCCCGUUGUUAAUCCAAUCCUUCCCAGGCCAUGGCGCGUCGCAGAGACGAGGAAGAGGACGAAAUGGAGCCCGAAGAGGAGGAAGACUACGAGGACAGGGAGGUCCUGGAGGACGAGGAGGAGGAGGAGGAGGAGGAAGAGGACGACUACGGGAAAACUGGGCGCGGCAAUAAGCGGAGGAGAUCGAGCUUCAUAGAUGACGUCGCGGAUGAGGACGACGACGAGGAAGAGGAGGACGACGAUGAGGACGAGGAUUUCGGCGGCGGGGGCGGGGGCGGGGGCGGCGGGAAGAGGCAGCGUGCGAAGAGGAGAUCGGGGUCGGAGUUCUUCGAUCUCGAGGCUCAGGUUGAUAGCGAUGACGAAGAGGAUGAGGACGACGGCGAGGACGAUUUUAUCGAUAAUGGGGCCGACCUACCUGAUGAUGAUAAUAGUAGACAGAUCCAUCGGCGACCUUUGCUUCCGCGUGAGGAUGAGCAGGAGGAUGUUGAUGAUCUUGAAAGAAGGAUUCAGGCAAGAUAUGCUAGGUCUGCGCAUGCUGAAUAUGAUGAGGAGACGACAGAUGUAGACCAGCAGGCUCUUUUGCCCUCUGUCAGGGAUCCAAAGCUAUGGAUGGUGAAAUGUGCGAUUGGUCAUGAGCGAGAGGCAGCUGUGUGCCUAAUGCAGAAAGCCAUUGAUAAAGGACCUGAAUUGCAAAUUAGGUCAGCAAUUGCGCUUGACCAUCUGAAAAAUUACAUAUACAUUGAAGCGGACAAAGAGGCCCAUGUGAGGGAGGCAUGCAAAGGUCUGCGAAAUAUAUACUCGCAGAAAGUAAUGCUCGUCCCAAUUAGAGAAAUGACAGAUGUCCUUUCAGUUGAAAGUAAGGCAAUUGAUCUUUCUAGAGACACCUGGGUCCGACUGAAGAUAGGGAAGUACAAAGGAGACCUUGCCAAAGUGGUAGAUGUGGAUAAUGUCCGCCAACGAGUUACAGUGAAAUUAAUUCCAAGGAUUGAUUUGCAAGCUGUUGCAAAUAAGUUGGAAGGUAGAGAAGUAGUGAAGAAGAAAGCAUUUGUUCCCCCUCCGCGAUUUAUGAAUGUUGAAGAGGCCAGGGAACUGAAUAUUCGUGUAGAACGUAGGCGAGAUCCAAUGACUGGUGAUUAUUUUGAGAACAUUGCCGGCAUGAUGUUUAAAGAUGGUUUCUUGUUCAAAACUGUAUCCAUGAAAUCAAUAAGCUCUAAUAAUAUAAAGCCCUCGUUUGACGAACUUGAAAAGUUCAGGAAGCCCGGUGAGAGUGGGGAUGGUGAUAUAGGUAGUCUGUCAACUCUAUUUGCGAACAGGAAAAAGGGUCAUUUCUUGAAGGGCGAUGCUGUAAUUGUUGUGAAGGGCGAUCUAAAAAAUUUGAAGGGUUGGGUUGAGAAAGUCGAGGAAGAGAAUGUACAUAUUCGACCAGCAAUGAAAGGCCUUCCUAAAACACUGGCUGUUAACGAGAAAGAACUGUGCAAGUAUUUUGAACCUGGGAAUCAUGUUAAGGUUGUUUCCGGUACCCAAGAAGGUGCUACUGGUAUGGUUGUAAAGGUGGACCAACAUGCACUUGUAAUUUUGUCGGACACAACGAAGGAACAUAUUUGUGUUUUUGCUGAUGAUGUUGUCGAGAGCUCAGAGGUAACAUCUGGUGUAACCAGAAUUGGAGACUAUGAGCUUCAUGACCUUGUGCUACUGGAUAAUACCAACUUUGGUGUCAUAAUUCGUGUUGAAAGUGAAGCCUUUCAGGUUCUUAAGGGAGUUCCAGAUAGACCUGAAGUCAUCACUGUUAGAUUGAGAGAGAUAAAGUCCAAGAUAGAUAAGAAAUUUAGUGUCCAAGAUCGCUACAAGAACACUAUAUCCGUGAAGGAUGUUGUUAGGAUUAUGGAGGGUCCAUCGAAAGGAAAACAAGGACCCGUUGAACACAUAUUUAGAGGAGUUGUGUUUAUUUACGAUCGCCACCAUCUUGAGCAUGCUGGUUUUAUUUGUUGUAAAUCUGUUUCGUGCUCUGUUGUGGGAGGAUCGCGAGUAAAUGGUGAUAGAUAUGGUGAUUCAUUGUCAAGGUUUUCCAAUUUGAGACCGUCUCAGAUACCCCCAUCGCCAAGGAGAUUCUCUGGAGGCAGACCUCCAAUUGGCUCUGGAGGAAGGCAUGGUGGUGGGAGGGGCCAUGAUGCUUUGGCAGGUACUACAGUAAAGAUUCGCCAAGGUCCUUAUAAGGGAUACCGUGGGCGUGUUGUUGAAGUGAAAGGCCAAUCUGUCAGAGUCGAGCUGGAGUCACAGAUGAAGGUUGUUACAGUGGACCGCAGUAUGAUUUCUGACAAUGUUGUUGUUUCAACUCCCUACCGAGAUUCAAGAUAUGGUAUGGGCAGUGAGACUCCCAUGCAUCCUUCUCGAACUCCUUUGCAUCCGUUUAUGACUCCGAUGAGAGAUCCUGGAGCAACACCUAUUCAUGAUGGAAUGAGAACACCUAUGCGUGACAGAGCAUGGCUUCCGAUGAGUCCACCAAGGGAUGAUUACGAAGAUGGGAAUCCUGCUUCUUGGGGAAGUAGUCCACGGUAUCAGCCAGGAAGUCCUCCUUCACGAACAUAUGAUGCACCCACACCUGGUUCAGGUUGGGCAACUACACCUGGUGGUAGUUAUAGUGAAGCUGGUACGCCAAGGGAUAGCAAUUCUGCCUAUGCUAAUGUUCCAAGCCCAUACUUGCCAUCUACUCCUGGUCAACCUAUGACGCCAAGUUCAGCAUCUUAUCUGCCUGGCACUCCAGGAGGGCAACCAAUGACGCCUGGAACUGGUGGACUAGACGUCAUGUCUCCUGUUAUAGGUGGGGAAAAUGAAGGACCGUGGUUUAUGCCAGAAAUCCUGGUUAAUGUGUCCAGAUCAGGAGAAGAGAGUAUUGGAGUUAUCAGGGAGGUUCUUCCUGAUGGCUCCUGUCGGGUAGCCCUUGGGCCUAGUGGCAAUGGUGAGACAGUGACACUUCUUCCUAAUGAAAUGGAGAUGGUGGUGCCAAGGAAAUCGGACAAGAUCAAGAUCGUUGGUGGCCAAUUACGUGGUCGCAAUGGCAAAUUGAUGGGUGUGGAUGGUGAUGAUGGUAUCGUGAAACUGGAUAAUCUUGAUGUCAAGAUAUUGGAUUUGGGAAUUCUAGCAAAGCUAGCAUAACUAUGGUUCCGGUAAGAGUCUAGAUCUUUGGGGGCCCAUGAUGUACAUAAUUCUUGCUUAAUGUUACAGAAAUUUUGCACGGAACUGUUGUUUAUGAUUUGUAGAGUUACAGAUUACUCGGGGUCAUGGUGGGGGGCGAUGCGCCCAUCUUGUAAAAGUUUGCGGACCCAAUUGGAAAAUGAUAUGGCCCUAUUCCAAGGUACUUAUAAUGUUGAAAGGCUUGGAUGGUCGCAUUUCUUCCCCGACCCAGCUGUGUAGAUGGGAAACUUUAUCUUCGGUUCGAUCUCUCUUUUCGAGAAGCCUCAUGUUAAUUAUGCAAUGGGCACCUGACUCGGUUUUGGAGUGAA